UUUAAGAAACAAUUAUUAUAUGUCAUGAAGAGAAGAACUAUAGACCCUUCUAAGCUUCGGAGACCAGUGAAACGUUCGCGUAUUACAGAUUCCGUUAAUGGCAGUUGGUUCUUGUACUUGCGUUUCUUCAUUGUUUGGCUACUGAUCAUCACAGUGGAUUUUUUACUAGAAUUUCGAUUUGAAUUUUUGUGGCCAUUUUGGUUACUCAUUCGAAGUUCUUUUGACUCAUUUAGAUAUCAGGGAAUGGGAUUAACACUUCUGUUUCUUGUCUUCACAUUGUUUUCUGACAUUUUAUGCUUCCUAUUUCUUCCUGUUCCCUGGUUGUUUUUUGUGGCUAGUACAUAUGUUUGGGUACAAUUUGUUUGUAAUACAGAACGUGGACCAUGUAUAGCUACAAUAUCCUUAUGGUUGGUCUUUGUUUAUGUCGAAGCAUCAGUCCGUCUGCGUGAAAUAAAAGCAGCUCCAUUCCACUUAGAUUUAUGCAGACCAUUUGCAGCUCAUUGUAUUGGCUACCCUGUAGUUAGUUUGGGCUAUGGUUUUAAAAGUUAUGUGGGAUACAAAGUCAAAAAUUAUAAACAAACAGAAGUAGGCAAGAAAAAUAGUUUUUAUCACGAACUUGUAUCAUAUGCACUACCUGUAGAAAUGCAAGACACAAACAUACAACAAAAGAAAGCAUUGACUUUUACAAAUGGCAUAAACACGAAAACAGACAUUGAAAGUAUAUUAAGUACUGAAGCCAGAAAACGAGGGCUUAAAUUAACAGACAUUGAGGAGCGUCAAGGAAGCAGUCCGCUUUCAUUGAAUGACCUCGAAGUGAUUGCUAACGUACCGGUGAAAAAGAACAGCGUAAAUAUUGAACCCAGUGAAAUGGGAUUUGUGAAAGUUCCGAGUAGAAACGGUAAAUUUAGUAACGGUGAUUUACAUUCGAAUUAUCAAAAAAAGAGUAAACAUAGUAAGAAGUCAGUGGAGAGCGAAGAUGAACUGUCCGAUAGCACGGAGUCUUCCACGAGUAGUCGUAUAAGUUAUGAUAAUUCACCGAAGACAGCAAAAGAUAUUAAGUAUGAGAGUUUGCAGUCCAAGUUGAAAGAAGAACAGCUCAGCAGACGCAAAGCUGAGCAGCAGGUUUCUCAAUUUGAAUGCGAAACGAGAAGAUUACGCUCUGAACUAAAUAAUGUGCGACAAGCUGAAAUGGAAUUGAAAACUCAAGUGAAUGCAAGUCUGAUAAGCGAACGUUAUUUGAAAGCAGAGUUAGAGCAGCUCAAGUCAGAUAAUGAAAGCUUACAGUUGAAAAUUAAUUCAAUGUCGUCAUCUAAGUCUCAGGAUAAAUCUUUAAUCUCAUCUCUCGAACGUAAACUUAAGCUGGAACGUGAAAAUCGUGCUAAUGUCGAGUUACAAUUAAAAGAAAGCAAGAAAAAAUCGAGUAAACUCGAAGCGGAUUCGAUCGUGGCGCCCCGAGCGGAGAAUCACGACGCAUGUCAUUCGCGUCGACAAGAGCUCGAGUACGAAAUAUCUAAACUCCAAAGCAAGUUAGAUGAAAGCGCUCAAAACAUCAACGAAUUGCAGAAGGAAAACGACAAUGCGAAAAAGAAAAACUCAGAAAAAGAGCGAGAAAAGAUGAAGAAAGAUGUGGAAUUUUUAACUGGUGCUUUGAAUGCCAUGCAAGGCAAGAAUUUACAUCUGGAAAGCAGUUUAAGUUCAGAAACCCGUCUGAAACUAGACUUAUUCUCGGCUCUCGGUGAAACUCGUCGCCAGCUAGAGAUUGUUCAAGGCCAAAUGAAAGUGAAAUGCAGCGAAGUGGAUGCACUGAAACUAAAGAUUGCCGAAGUGAUGGCUGUGAUGCCACAAGAAUACAACUCCUCAUUGGCUGGAUUAGUUUCUUCAAACGCUAAUGCCACGCAUAUGAAAUCAAAUGGAAUCGAUAGUAUCGUUACAACAUCGAGUUAUAUGCCAGCUAUCAGUCAGCAAAACGGACUUUAAGUUGACUCGUGUCAACAACAUGCUUGUAUUGACUGUUCUUAGAGAUUGAACAUUGCUCUCACACACCUAUCUUUUCGUUUUGUUUACAUUAUGUUUAUGCGAUAGCUGGUCUGUUGUGUAGAACAGGGACGGUAAAGAACACAUUCCACAUAAACGCUAUCUCAAAAAUGUUUGUCAUCUAUAAAUAAAACCUUACUCAAAAAGCCUUUUUCUUACUUAGGUGUUUGUUCUCAUACAGUAAGAGCAACUGUGGCGGGGUGUAAUUUUUAUUUUGAAGCUGUGACGGGGGUUCGAUUUUGUUUUAACCUUGUACAUUCUUGUAUUUAAGACAUAGAAUGUGUUUUAGUUUGUUUUUAACAUAGCAAAAUAUUCA